AUACAAAAGGCAGCUUUAAUAACUUGGAGGCUACGGGAAUAAAUUCUCAGUAGGGCGCGAAUUAUUUGACCAGAGCAGGGCAUAUAUAGUCCGAGCAGGAAUAUAAUUUUAUCCGAGUUUUCAUGUUCUACUUAUAUAUUGUGUCUUUCAUCUCCUCUUCUUGAUUAUUCUUCUCACAGCUUCGUUGGUAUUCUAAGGUGUCCGAGGAAGGUCCCAAUCUUAUAUUAUUCGAUAAUCAGGCAGUCCCUUUAGCUUCUUUUUUCUGGAUGAUUUGAAGGGCUGUGAUGAUGAUGCAUUGCGUGCUUUUGCACGAGAGUUGUUUGAUAAAUUUGAUACGAGGGAGGUCGGAGAAAAUGUUUAUAAUCGACGAGAAAGGGAGGCGGUUAUGCUGGCCCAGAAGCAGAGGAUGUAUACUCUCUUAGAGAGUGAUAAUGAUAAUGAUGAUGAUGAUGAUGAUAAUGUUGGUGAGGUUUCGGGAAAGAAGUGUUUUAGGAAGAGAGUUGAGUUUGAGGAUGAUGCGGAUGAGGAGGAUGUUGUGCCUAAAAGAAAGAAGAUUGUUAAGGAUGAAGGGGGUUCUGAGUCCGGGGAGGAGGAAGAGAGGCUGCGUGAUCAGAGGGAGAGGGAGGAAUUUGAGCAACGGAUAAGGGCUCGGGAGGCAGGUGCAAAGAGGAAGCUGAUUGAGUCGAAAGUUAGAGGGGAAGAGGAUGAAGAGGGGAGCAGGAGAGGUAAGGCCUUGGCAAGAGAUGAUUUUGGGGCUUUGAGGAAAGUUUCUAGGUUUAACUAUACCAAGAAAAGGGUGACAAAAAAGAUAGAGCAGAUGCAAGAUGAUUUGUGUCUGUUGGAGGGCGAGAAAUUGACUGAAGCAGAACAAUGCGAACUAAGUUACAAGAAGCAGUUAUGUGAACUCGUUAAGAAGCAAGGUCACGAGGCUGAUGAAAUUGAUGAGUACAGAAUGCCUGAUGCUUAUGAUCAAGAAGGUAGAGUGAAUCAGGAGAAGAGAUUUUCUGUGGCAUUGGAGCGUUACAGGGAGGUAAAGGCUGAUGACAGGAUGCAGCCAUUUGCGGAACAAAAAGCAUGGGAGGAUUAUCAGGUUAACAAGGCAAUCAUGAAAUUUGGAUCAAAAGAUAAAAAGCCGAUGUCUGAAUAUGAGCUUAUUUUUGAGAACCAGAUUGAGUUUGUACGCGAUGAAUUGAUUCGUGGUGAAAUCUAUGAUGAAGAGCUAUGUAAUGAGCUGACCAACAAAUCUGUAGCAAGAUCAGCGUUUGAGAAGCUUCAGAGUGAUAGGAAAUUAUUACCUGUUUAUCCAUAUCGGGAGGAAUUGCUGCAAGCUAUAGAAAAACACCAGGUUCUUGUUGUUGUUGGGGAGACUGGUUCUGGAAAGACUACUCAGAUACCCCAGUAUCUCCAUGAGGCUGGUUAUACAAAACACGGAAAGAUUGGAUGUACACAGCCUCGACGAGUUGCUGCUAUGAGUGUAGCUGCCAGAGCGUCUCAAGAAAUGGGAGUUAAACUUGGGCAUGAGGUUGGUUAUGCCAUCCGCUUUGAAGACUGCACUUCUGAGAAAACAGUUAUCAAAUACAUGACAGAUGGAAUGUUACUUCGAGAGUUUCUUGGGGAGCCUGAUCUUUCAAGUUACAGCGUGGUGAUAGUGGAUGAGGCUCAUGAAAGAACGGUGUGCACUGACGUGUUGUUUGGUUUAGUUAAGGAUAUUGCUCGGUUUCGUCCUGAUCUUAAGUUGAUCAUCUCAAGUGCAACUCUUGAUGCGGUGAGGUUCAGUGAUUAUUUUGAUAGUGCUCCAAUCUUUAAAGUGCCUGGCAGAAGCUUUCCUGUUGAAAUUCAUUACACGAAAGCCCCGGAAGCUGAUUACUUGGAUGCAGCAAUUGUUACUAUUCUUCAUAUUCAUGUCACUGAAUCCCCCGGAGAUGGUGAUAUACUGGUCUUUCUUACUGGUCAGGAGGAAAUUGAGUCGGCUGAGGAGAUUCUUAAGCAACGGACUAAAAGUCUGGGAACAAAAAUUGCAGAGCUGAUUAUAUGCCCAAUAUAUGCAAACCUUCCAACAGAGCAGCAAGCCAAAAUAUUUGAGCCUGCUCCAGAGGGUGCGCGGAAAGUUGUUCUGGCAACAAAUAUUGCAGAAACAUCAUUGACAAUUGAUGGGAUAAAGCAUGUCAUAGAUUCAGGUUUUGUGAAGAUAAAAUCUUACAAUCCUCGUACAGGCAUGGAGUCCUUAUUGGUAACACCUAUCUCCAAAGCAUCUGCAAAUCAAAGGGCUGGCCGGUCUGGUCGAACAGGGCCUGGAAAAUGCUUUCGACUCUACACUCUCCACAACUAUCGUCAUGACAUGGAAGAUAAUACUGUCCCAGAGAUUCAGAGAACCAACCUUGCUAAUGUUGUUCUUAGUUUAAAGAGCCUAGGCAUUAGUGACGUGUCAGAGUUCGACUUCAUGGACCCACCAGCACAAGAAUGUUUGUUGCAAGCUUUGAAGCUUUUAUAUGCUCUGGGAGCACUAAAUAGAAAGGGUGAGCUAACAAAAGUAGGUAGAAAAAUGGCUGAGUUUCCUCUCGAUCCCAUGCUAUCUAAGAUGAUUAUUGCAUCUGAUAAGUACAAGUGUUCUGAAGAGAUCAUAUCAAUAGCUGCAAUGCUUUCGACAGGAAGUUUGAUAUUUUAUCGUCCUAAGAAAAAAUUGGUUCAUGCAGACAAUGCCAGAAAGCUGUUUUAUACUGGUAAUGUUGGAGAUCAUGUCGCAUUACUUAAUGUUUACAGGUCAUGGAAGGAAAAUGACUACUCACAUCAGUGGUGCUACGAGAACUAUGUUCAGGUCAAGAGCAUGAAGCGUGCUAGAGACAUACGAGAACAGUUGGCUGGAUUAUUGGAGCGUGUUGAAAUUGAAUUGACAUCCGAUCCUGGUGAUUUGGAAGCUAUACAGAAAGCCAUUACAUCAGGAUACUUUCCAAACUCUGCAAGGCUGCAGAAGAAUGAAUCGUACAAAACUUUUAAAUAUAGUCAGACUGCUCAUAUCCAUCCGAGUUCUGGAUUAGCAUUGAAAUUUCCAAAACUGGUUGUCUACCAUGAACUAGUACUCACAACUAAAGAGUACAUGCGCCAGGUAACUGAAUUGAAACCAGAGUGGCUGGUCGAGAUUGCUCCUCACUUUUAUCGGCUAAAGGAUGUGAAAGACUCGGAAGCAAAAAAGAAAAGGCCAAGUGCAGAGGGUGGUCUUGACAUCUGAUAUGAGGAUAUAGUGGUUAGGUUAAUUCUGGCCAAUCUACUACUUGAUCAUUAUGAAAGUUGAUGACAGUAAAACCUACUUGUUUCCUAUGUACAUUCCUUUAUGAAUGUUUUCUAUUGCUAGUUAUGAUAUGAUUCUUCACAAGAUCUGACUUUAGAUUAAUUACUUAUGACAUAUGGCAAACUAAUUCUGGUUCUUGCUAGUCUGCAGAAACAAGGGGGCUUUCGUUCUGUUGAGCAUCGUCAUGGCUAAUGGCUAUGGUCAGGGGAAGAACCAUUCAUAGCCAGCGCGGGGCAAUUUUAACACAAAUUAAACCAGAAGGUCUAACCAUGAUCAAUGAGCAAAGCUAGAAAGAGAUUGUCCAACUUUGCGAAAUCAAGAGGGUACUUAUCCCUGCACAGACACGAAUAUGCAAGCCUAGUUAGAGCUUCAUGACAUGCAAGCCUCUGCAGUUUACAGUGUGCUCGUAUUCUUGCAGUAUCAAUGUACUCACAGUGCUUGAUCUAUAUUCAACAUUUGUCGGGCUGAAUCACGAUAGUAUGAUGCAGCAAUUUCUUCCACAAAAUUAGGGUUACUAUCAUCCUGCAACUCCUCCAGCUGAAUAAACUGUUCAUCAAGAAAGCCCUGCAAGUACUCUUCACUUUUAUGAGUAAAUUAAAUCUCAUAUAUCUUGUAUGUGCUACUUAAACUUGUGAGUUAAGCCUAUAUAUCAUCAGAUUCUGACAUAA